GUUGUCUUUCUCUUUCCGCAGGGUUUUUAACAAAACUAGUGCUUCCUUGAAGUCAUGGUGCGAGUGAGUUUCAUUUUUCAACCAUUCAAUAUUUAUUGAUUGAUUUUCGUGUUAGAAGCAGCUCCAAUAUUGUGAGUGACCGCUGUUUUGAUUUUUGAUUGCUUAGAAUCACUUGGAGAAAAGGGAAAAGGAGUGCUUGUUAUAGUUUGUACAGAACCUGAAAGGUGAUUUUGUUCAAGUUGUCUUUUGAUCCCAGUAGUGUGCAGCAAGAAAAUAUAUCCAAAAAACUUAUUGGUGUCAGCUAUUUAAUUUUGGGAAUUGGCAAUUUGAAAAUACAUAAAAAUGUCAUUGUCUGCUCCAACUUCCCUUUUGAAGGUGGAGGAAAUAGAAGGAAGAGGGAGGGGAAUGGUUGCAUCACAACCUCUUAAAGCUGGUCAAAUUGUCCUCAAAGACUCUCCCAUUCUGCUGUAUUCGGCAUUGCCCUUGAUCACAAAGUCUUUGUCUUCUUCCUCCUCUGCCUCGACUUCCUGCUUCUGUGAUCACUGCUUCAGAACCUUGCCUCCAUCUUUACAGGGAGGUUCUUCAUCAUCCACAAUUCUGUGCCCCAAUUGUUGCUACCAUCGUUUCUGCAGCUCAAGCUGUCUUUCAAAAGCACUGAACUCCUCCCAUUCUUCUUGGGUAUGUCAAGCAUUAUCUCGUCUCAGAGCCAAUUCUCUACUGCUUGAGCAGCCCCUUGAGUGCCAAGUCCAAGCUAAUUUUCUCAUUGCUGCCUACAAUCUUGCCAAUGUCUCCCCUUCAGACUUUCAAAUUAUGCUUACUCUUCAGGGUUCUCCUGAUGAUUCCACCAUUGGGGCAGCUCAGUUCCUACACCCCCUUAUUUCAUCCCUCUGCUCACUUGCUCUCAUUAGCCCCCAGAAUGGAUUUUCUUUAGAACACACUGCUGCGCUUCUUGCCAAGGACAAGCUCAAUGCCUUUGGCAUAAUGCAGCCUUUCUCUGUUGAUGAUGACCGGAGGUCUGUCAGAGCCUAUGGCAUUUACCCCUAUGCCUCCUUUUUUAACCAUGAUUGCCUUCCCAAUGCAUGCAGAUUUGAUUAUGUUGACGCUAAUCCACCUGAUGAUGGCCAUAAUACUGACUUUAUUAUUAGGAUGAUUCAUGAUGUUCCCCAAGGUAGAGAGAUCUGUUUGAGUUAUUUCCCUGUGAAUGAAAACUAUUCUAGUAGGCAGAAGAGAUUGAUUGAAGACUAUGGCUUCACCUGUAAUUGUGAUCGAUGUAAUGUGGAAUCAAAUUGGUCUGAUAAUGAAAGUGUUGAAGAUAAUGCAGAGGAUGAAGAGGAGGUUAUGGAUGAGGACCAAUGUGAAACUAUGGAAGCAUCAGACACCGACAAUCAUCCCCAUGAAGAUAAUAAUGAUUUCCCACAUGCUUACUUCUUUUUAAAAUACAUGUGUGACAGGACAAAUUGCUGGGGAACUUUAGCUCCUUUACCUCCGCAGGGUGAUACUCCAUCUGAUGUCAUGGAAUGCAAUGUCUGUGGCAAAUUGAAGAGUGACGAUACAAUUGAUAUUGAUGAAGGGCAAGAUGGAGUUUCCAUGGAGGACUAAGCGACUAGGAUGCUACUUUUAAAACAAUGGUCGUACUUACCAUUGAAGAACUUAUUUUAGGAGAAUGAAACUUCUUCAGAUUCUGAAGCCUCAUGGACCUUUGAAUGCAUGGUUUUUUUAGUAGACAAAAGGUACAGAUAUGAAGUACUUGGUUACCAAGGAAUAAGAAUGCUUUGUCCUUCUGGCCAUAUGGAUAACCGGUCAGACUGAGUUUUUUUAAUUUUUUUUUGUUUUUUGGGUUGUUAUUAUUUUGUUUCUGGUUUGACCAAGUAUGUUUUGAACUCUUGAUGAUGUCAUCGAUUUACUGCCAAACCAUCAGUCUCGAGUCUAUGUUCAAGUUAUGUCUUAAAUGAAAGGUAAUGCACAAUACCCGAUAACCAGAGUAAGGGAAGGAAUGAAGAAUAGGAAGAGCUUUUGGUCUCUGGGAUGAUCAAGAAUUGGAGUCCAUGCCAUGCAAAAAUAAGUAACCUUUAGUUAAAUAAUUGGCUUGGUGAAUGGUUUAAUGGUCAUUUAAAAUGGAAAGUUAUCAUUUUUAACCUUCUAUUCCACCCUUUUUGUACGCAGCUUGUUCAUCACACCUAUCAACGCUUUAUACAUUUACAUACACAUUUAUAUCCUUUUCUUUAGAA